AAUUCAAAAGAAAAGGAAGUUUUCUUUUUAAUGAUUUUUUUUUCUUGAUCAGAGAUUAUUUUCGUUUAAAUAUUGGCAGUGAAGAAAAUUCGUGGCAUUUGUUUCUUAUUAUUUUUUCGAACAGUGACGCAUUUAGAUAACAAGACAACGGAACGUUAAACGAAAAGAAAGAAAAGUUAUUUGAAAUAAUGGCGGAAAAAAUGUAUUAUUGGGGGGAGGAAAAGAAUCAGCCUGACUCCGAUCAGACCUUCAUAGAAUUCAAAGCUAAAUCUACGGUAACGGAAAAUAAAAAGAGGAAAGAGGAAUCACGUGCUGCCACGAAAACGUCGUCGUCUGCUAUUCAAGGAAGAUCAACAGAUUUUGCGAGCCGUGAAGAAGAUGCAGAACGCGGUGGAUGGGAUAACAAACUAGAUUUCCUCUUUUCGUGCAUCAGCGUUUCUGUUGGCCUUGGAAAUGUUUGGAGAUUUCCUUACCUUUGCUAUAAGAACGGUGGUGGUGCAUUUCUUAUCACUUACGGUAUAGCUAUGCUGUUUUGUGGGAUACCAAUAUUUUUUCAAGAAGUCGCUAUUGGACAAUAUCUUGGAUCUGGUGGAAUGACUCUUCUUAGUCAAUUGUGUCCCUUAUUACAAGGUGUAGGAUAUGCCACGAUGACUAUUGUUUUUUUUCUUGACAUAUAUUACUGCAUAAUUAUUUCCUGGACUCUCUUUUAUCUUAUAAGCACGAUCAUUAAUUUACCUGGUGUCCCUUGGAGUAGUUGUGGUCAUUGGUGGAAUACGGAAAAUUGUUUUGACGCAUCGACAGAAAGUAAAAUGAUUUCUGAUGCAAACUAUACCAAGAAUAUAACUUAUCAUCACACUACUCCUGUAGAGGAAUUUUACGAACGACGAGUUCUCGGAAUCACAGCUGGUAUCGAAAACAUCGGUGGAAUGCAAUGGGAACUUCUAGGUUGUUUGAUACUCGGCUGGCUACUCGUUUACUUGAUCAUCCGACGUGGUCUUCAUCAAAGUGGUAAGAUCAUCUGGUUUUCAGCGUUGUUCCCGUACGUGGUGCUUUUCAUUCUUUUGGGAAGAGCGGUGACCUUGGAUGGAUCCUACGAUGGUUUACUAUAUUACGUGACACCAAGAUGGAAGGAAUUGUUAAGUCCCGGACCGUGGAUCGAUGGAACAACACAAAUUUUCUUCGCUUACAGUAUCGGAACUGGCGCCUUACCUGCUUUAGGAUCUUACAAUAGAUUUCAUCACAAUUGUUAUAGAGAUGCACUAAUUACUUGUGUAGUCAACACUCUAACUUGUCUUCUGGCUGGGUGUUUGACAUUUUCGAUAUUGGGUCACAUCGCUUUGGAACAAGGUACUGAGGUCUCUGAGGUCGUGAAGAGCGGACCUGGUCUUGUGUUCCUCACCUAUCCUGAAGUCGUUCUAAAGCUUCCUGGUGCUUCGAUUUGGGCUAUUAUAUUCUUCGUCAUGCUUCUCAUUCUCGGAAUCGAUAGUGAAUUUUGCAUCGUUGAUUCGUUCAUCACCGGUAUCAUUGAUAAUUGGCCGAAUCUUCGUCCUCAUCGAAGCAAAUUUACCAUCGCCAUAUGCAUUCUCAUGUUUUGUUUAGGACUUCCCAUGGUGACAAAUGGAGGCGUUUAUAUUUUUCAACUAAUGGAUUUCUAUUCGGCAAGUGGAAUGUCGAUUUUAUGGGUAUGCUUUUUCCAAACGAUAGCAAUAUCAUGGUUUUUCGGAGCACAAAAAUUCUGCGACUGUGUCCAUCAGAUGAUGGGAAUACGAUUGAAUAAAUUUUGGUAUAUUUGUUGGAUCUUCUUUGCGCCAGUGAUUAUGGCAUUUAUUUUCAUAUUUCAAUGCGUCCUCUAUAAACCAUUGAAAUAUGGAAACGAUUAUGAAUAUCCAACAUGGGCAGAAAUCGUUGGUUUUUGUUUAAGUAUUUCAUCAAUGAUUUGGAUACCACUUUAUGCGAUUUAUUAUGUCUUUGUUACACCAGGAUCGAUUAAGGAGAACAUUUUGAAGGGACUAAAACCCAACUUAAAAUCUAAUCCGAAAUUACCGAAGGGAGAAAAGUCAACAGUAAUGCCGAUGUCGGAAAGCAGUGCUGGCUUAAUAACAAAGAACAGUAGUUUUUUAAGUCAAACAUGAUUAAAUUUAGGAAUGUUCUUGUAACUGUUUAGAUCGAGAAUAGUAUUUAAAAAUGAAAUUUAUCUUCGCGAAUAAUUUAUGCAAAUUUAGAGAAGUAACGGUGUAGUUGAAAUAUUUUGUUUUUCGUUUAUAAUAUACAAAUUUACUUAUCAGCUUGUUUUUUUUUCAGAUGUAAUUUCAGUUCUUUUAGUUUGUUUCAAUAACUAAUUUCUUUUUUGAGAGGAAUUUUAUUAACAUUGUAAAGAACGAGGGCUGUGCGAUUUAUAGGACAGAUUUGUUUUCUUUGAUCAAUUUAAUGUUCAAUAGUAGAUAAGUGUUGAAAGGAAAAUAUGCAUGAAACAGUAUUUCUGACCAUGACAAAACAAGAUAUUCGAUGAAAUAUCAAUUUCGUCAAACUUAGAAUUAGUAUUUAUGUGAGAAACGAUGACGAACCUAAGUCUUUUUAAAUGCUUUCUGUUUUACAUACAAAUUUUGUAUUUUUUAUUUUCACAUUACAUUGUUAUGACAAUGAAAAAUGAUAUUUCUAGUAAUAAUGUAAUAUUAACAUAAAUAAUAUAAUUGUUAUGCACAUCUUAUACGAUUCACUGGUGUGCAUUGCACUGUAAAUCAAAAGAUUUUUAUACCAAUUUAUAAAGAGAUGAAUGAAGAUUAGUUUCAAGGUUACAACCGUACGAAUUGUCAUAGGUCAUAAAUUAUUAUAUAAUUUUUAUACGUUAAACUACGUGUGCGAAACAACAGUUACAAAGAAUGUAAUAUUUUAUUUUGAUUAUUAUCUAUAAACACAAUCGCCGUUAAUUAAUUGUAUUAAUCUUUUUCAUUCGUUGUAUUUAUAAUCCGAAAGAGUAUUAAAACUGGAGAUUGUAAUUGUAAAGAAAGGUAAACUUUUCUAAGCUCUUAAAUGUACAGAACAAAUAUUAUGAUAAAAAUCUAUAGAACAGUUGUGUACCUGCAAAAGAAUUUCUUUAAUAGCGAUCAUUUUUGUUAGAAUUAUUGAGUAAU